CUUUUCCUUCCCGCUAUUCUAUCUCACGCCUGUUUUCCUUUUCCUUCCAGCGACCAUCUCUUCUUCGCACGACUCCUUCUCCUUCUAUCAUGCACAUUCGUUUCCCUACAGAUAUCCUUCUUCACACGACCAUUUACAUCUUUUCCUUUUCCUUUUCCUACACAUAUUCUUCUUUGCACAACCAUCUCCCUUACAACAGCUGUUCAGAGUUUCUCUCCAAAGCAUAUACCAACAACACAUGGGGUUCUCAUGGAUUUGUGAAGGAGAAAUCGGUUUGCGUUCUUACUGCAUUCAAAGGACAAUCAUAGAUGGUGUAAAUAUGCUCUUCCUCUGUACUUUCUACCUAUUUUUCCUCAUAGGAUUUAUAGGAAAACAUUAUGCCCGAAGUAGGAAUGAAAAAUAUUGGAUCUUGGUAGUGGUUUCCAUCUGUUGUGCUCUUUGCAACAUUGUUUAUGUUACUGUCGGUAUAUGGAAUCUAACGACUAGAAAUGACGAGUUCAAUCAAAUGAGCUGGCUGGUUUACUUCGUUAGAGGACUGGUUUGGAUCUCUUUUACAGCAUCUUUGCUUGUUCAAUGGUCAAAAUUCAUCAGGGUGCUAAACUCUGUUUGGUGGAUGUUGUCCUUUGCAUUGGUUUCAGCUCUGAAUUUUGAACUUCUGCUAAGAUCAUGUCGCAUUGAGACUUUGGACAUGGUGCCUUGGCCUAUUAACUUUUUGCUUUUCCUUUGCGCACUUAGGAAUCUCUGUCACUUUGUCACUUUGCACUUAGAAAAUAUGUACAUAGGAUUUUUUGCAUUUCUUAAGACAAUUUUUGUAGUUUGUGCACCUUUAAUACUCUUUGCUUUUGUAAAUUAUUCAAAUCACAAUGAGAGGAAUCUGGAUGAAGGUCUAUUUAUUGUGGGAUGUCUAAUUCUUUUCAAGGUGUUUGAGUCUUUGUCUCAAAGGCACUGGUUCUUUGAUUCGAGGAGAAUAUUGAGAGAUGAAGUAGAGAGCAGACUAAGAGAAAAGAAACUGCUGUAUUCAUUUACUUGA